ACAGUGCGGGCGCGGCUUCCCGGGUCCCCGGCAGCGGCUUGUACACGCGCGGCGGCAGCAUCUACGCUCGCAGAGCCGCCGAUGCGCGUCCAGUGACCGGGACAGCGAGGCCCUCUCGUGGCGGGGGCGGCGGCAGACGCCUAGCCACCGUGACCCCCAUUUUGGAUUUACCGCUCGGGGGGUGGGGGGAGCCUGGAUUUAACUGGCGCCUGUUUUGGGGGACGCCGGACGCCAUGUUGUGGAAAAUAACCGAUAAUGUCAAGUAUGAAGAGGACUGCGAGGAUCGCCACGACGCGAGCAGCAAUGGGAACCCGCGCCUCCCCCACCUCUCCUCCGCCGGGCAGCACCUCUACAGCCCCGCGCCGCCCCUCUCCCAUACUGGAGUCGCCGAAUACCAGCCACCACCCUACUUUCCACCGCCCUACCAGCAGCUGGCCUACUCGCAGUCGGCCGACCCCUACUCGCAUCUGGGAGAAGCUUACGCCGCUGCCAUCAACCCCUUGCACCAGCCAGCGCCCACCGGCAGCCAGCAGCAGGCCUGGCCGGGCCGCCAGAGCCAGGAGGGGGCUGGCCUGCCCUCGCACCACGGGCGCCCGGCCGGCCUGCUACCCCACCUCUCCGGGCUGGAGGGUGGUGCCAUGAGCGCCCGCAGGGAUGCCUACCGCCGCUCGGACCUGCUCUUGCCCCACGCGCACGCCCUGGAUGCCGCGGGCCUGGCUGAGAACCUGGGGCUCCACGACAUGGCCCACCAGAUGGAGGAGGUGCAGAAUGUUGACGACCAGCACCUGCUUCUGCACGAUCAGACUGUUAUUCGCAAAGGUCCUAUUUCAAUGACCAAGAACCCCCUGAGUCUCCCUUGUCAGAAGGAGCUGGUGGGGGCUGUGAUGAAUCCCAGCGAGGUGUUCUGCUCAGUCCCUGGAAGAUUGUCCCUCCUCAGCUCCACCUCUAAAUACAAAGUGACGGUUGCUGAAGUCCAGAGGCGAUUGUCCCCGCCUGAAUGCUUAAAUGCCUCAUUACUGGGAGGUGUUCUCAGAAGAGCCAAAUCUAAAAAUGGAGGCCGGUCCUUGCGGGAGAAGUUGGACAAGAUCGGGUUGAAUCUGCCAGCCGGGAGACGGAAAGCUGCGCACGUCACUCUCCUGACGUCCUUAGUAGAAGGUGAGGCUGUUCAUUUGGCUCGGGACUUUGCCUAUGUCUGUGAAGCAGAAUUUCCUAGUAAACCGGUGGCGGAAUAUCUAACGAGACCUCAUCUUGGAGGGCGGAAUGAGAUGACAGCUAGGAAGAACAUGCUGCUGGCUGCCCAGCAGGUGUGUAAAGAAUUCACAGACCUCCUCAAUCAAGACCGAACCCCCAACGGCAACAACCGGCCCACCCCGGUCUUGGAGACGAACAUACAGAACUGCUUGUCUCAUUUCAGCCUGAUCACCCACGGGUUCGGCAGCCAGGCCAUCUGUGCGGCUGCGUCUGCCUUGCAGAACUACAUCAAAGAGGCCCUGAUAGUAAUAGACAAAUCCUAUAUGAACCCCGGAGACCAGAGUCCAGCCGAUUCUAGCAAAACCCUGGAGAAAAUGGAGAAGCACAGAAAAUGAAGGAUGGGAGUGAGCCAAGGGCUGAAGAGUCUCGAAGGAAAAGGACUCCACGAUCAUUCUCGACCUGGACAGGCUGGGAGACCCCUCUUGCCGGGGGACGGUUUGUGACCCACCUUCCCAUGAAAAAGGCCUCCACUCAUUUUCUGGAUCUUGACGUGCCCUCCCGGAUUCCUUAGUGUUCUUUUCUCUAGCGCUGAAGUGUGUCUCCUUAACUCUGGACAAGGGAUCGGAAGGUGACAAGUGCUGGUUCUUUGUUCAUUAAGCUCAUUUCAUUCUUUUGAACCCCAUUCUUUUCUCUGAAAGUGGUGCUACAAGUUUUAGAACCUUUUAAAUAAAUUCCCGGGGCUCACGAGAAAACCCACACCGGUAGCUGUUGAAAUGUCAGAUUGGUGCGAUUCAGAUCGACAGUAACUUGCAGUGUUAAGGUAAUGGCUGGCUUUUUGUGUCCACUCAAUAUUUAUCUAAAAGUAUUUAUCUGGCUUCUUCAGGUAUCAAAUCCUACAGAUCGUAGGAAGCAAAGAUUCUCUCUGCUUAGCAGCUAGUUUAAUAGGUGGUAUUUGACACUCUUAAACCCCUCGUUGAAAGGGGGCCUUUGGGUUUUACGAAACUUGUAGAAAUGAAGCCUGCUGAUGAUCUUGUGUUUUCUUUUUGUCUUUUUUUUUUUUAAAUUCGGAGAGUUAACUCUUCAAAUGAGAGACUCUGAAAUGUCAUGUUCCUUUAAGGUACUGAAGCUUUAUUUGCAUAUUUAUUUCACAUCUUGGUGUUUCGAGUAAACUUGAAAGGGGUAGGCAUGAAGCGUUUUUUUUGUUUCUUUGUUUUUGUUUCUGCUGCCCGCCCCAAGUCCCGUAGGAGGCUCUGUAUGUUGAGAAACAGUGCGUUGAGUGUACAGAUUUUAUUUAUGCAUAAUUUAAUGGGGUCUGUAAAUACGGGUGCACUUCUUAAGACUUUUGACAAAUGGGAUUCGAUUUUAAUAUUAACUUCUAAAGGUGAUGGGGUAAUCUAAAACACUUCUCUUAGGUUUUAUUCGUAUGUACGCAGGGUAUUAAGAAUUAAGAGGAUCCUGGGCUCUGUGCUCUGUUCUUGAUGCGGAAGAUUCUAUUUAAUUGAAACUCUCUGUUCACAAAGCAGUAACUUUGUGUCUCAUUCCCAUCAUGCCGGACCGGAAGAUGGGUGUGUGGUACCGUGCGUGGGGGUGAAAUGGAGGUUUUUGGAAAUGGCUGUAAACGUUCCCCGAGUAAUUGUUGUGUAUAACAAUACCUGUAUAAUAAAAAGUAUUCUCCAUAGAAGCCGUGAA